GCACACGGGUGCCCACGAAAGAGGCGGCUUGGACGGAAGGCUUCGGCCUGGCUGGCGAUCUCCCUCUCUGUAGCGUGUUCUUUCUCCUCUGUCUCCUCCUUCCUCUGCUUCCUCCUCCUGUAAUUCUCGAUUUGUAGCCAAACCAUGGUUUGAGUGAAACUAGUAGCUGGAUCCUAACAAUUGGCAUCAGAGCCGUUCGAUCCUCCUUCAAAUUCCUCAAAAAAUUCCACCAAAAAUUUCUUCUCCAUCCUCCGCUUGCAUCCUGUUCGACAGAAUGCCAAGCCACAAAUUUGCCUGCCCCGAGGGAGUUCUCCACGCCCGGAUCAACGACGUUCGCCAGGCGGUCACCGUCGAGUCGAUUCGCGAGUUGUUCCGUCGCUCCGGUGAUGGGAAUGUGAUCUGCGCUUACGAGCGGGUGGUGGACGGGAUGUACGGCGUGGAGGCAUAUGUCGAGUUCCGGUCACGAUGGAGGGCGACCCGAGCUCGAGAUGCCCUGGAUGGCCAUGCCAUCUACGAGGGGUGUUGCAUCCUUGCCGUGGACCUCCUACCACCGACCUACACCACCAUCCAUGCCGGAUGACGACGGGAUGGCGCCGUCGUACUUCUACGACGACACUCCGUACGCGGAAUGGGAGGCAGCGUUGGAUGCGGUCCAGCGCCAUGAUGUGGUGCCCGAUGCUUCCACCGACGACCUCCAUCUCGAGGCGUCCAUGGGCGCCAUCAGCGAGACUCCGUCCGAGCUUGCCGCUCCUACAGCACCAACUCCGUCAGCCAUCCUGGAGCUCAGUGUGCAUGACAAGGUGCUCGAAGUCGACGACACCAACGACGCCACUACGACACCCACCACCUAUUUGACGGGGUGCCCAAGUUGAGAAACACCCGAGGAGUCGGUGCUCACCUCAUCCGCAGCACCACCUUCAUUCAAGACUGCAGGCAGCAUCGCCCCUGAGCCUGCUGCACCGGAAGCCAUUCAGAUGCCGCUGCGUUGGUUGUCCCUAUCUUCAAUCUGGACAACUUGGCACUCACUAGGUGGUCGACAAAGGUACCUGUCAAGAUCGAUUUUCCCUUGACGUCCCAGUUCACCCAAGUCAAUGAUGGCAAAGUUGAGUCGCGGCCAUUACCAUGGCCAUCCUUUGCGUGCAUCCAGGCAUAUACAUUGGUACAGUUGGAAGAAGUUCUGAACUUCGCGAUUGCUUCAGCUAGUUUACCUGUGCAACAUUCAGUUGGGUUGCUGCAUGAUUGGUAUUUGUGCUUUACAAGAUUCAGACCCACUGAUGCAUUUUUUGCCACGCAUGAGAUGCAAAUUCUUGUCUGGAUGAGGAGCUUAUUAAUUAUAUCGAGUGAUAUAGUCUAUGCACCAGCUCAUGCUGUGAUUGGGGAUUUGUGCUGUGAGCUUCAGAGCAAGGAAAUUCUAGUACAAAGAAUAUAUUGUCAUCUGAUUGCGGAAGUAUGUUUGGAAGCACUGAGGUUUUCAUGGCUGCCACUUCAAGGUAAUAUCUGUAGCCCACUCGCAAAUUUUCUACUGAAGAAAUCAAUUGGCAUAUCUCUGCAAUCCUAUUGGGAAGGUACAAAUUCUUUUGCGGUGAUGUUGACACCAAGUCUGCAAAUGUACGAGCAUAAGAACAAAUUCAGUUUACUGGAGCAUGAUAUAUCAGUGGUUCUCCGUGUUGCUCAUGGUAGUAUUGUAAUUCAGUGCAUCCUUGUGCAUCAGAAGAUGCCCAAUUGCAGUUUCGGAAACACAUAUAGAACAAAGAAUUACAUCGGAAUAGUUGCAUAUGCGGACUCCCAAUGGGCAACUACAUGGUUCUUUUCCUUGGUGUGUGUGGCUGUAUAUAAGAGGUUCCAUGGCAUGUAUUGUUCCGUUGCACGACAUGACAUCACCACUUCCAACAGUGCAUCAUUCUUCUUAAGGGGGCCUCCUUAUUGUUUAUGUCUUGGAGGAGAUAUGCUAUAUAGUAGCAUUAUCAGUGCACAUAUGGCAUCUGCUUCGCUGGCCAGAAAAGGGUUAGGCAGAGAUGCUCAUUUCUUGUUCCUUGGGUCCUCUUGCUCUGAUUCAGUCCUGUUGAUCUUUGAAACAUUCGACUGGCGAAUUGCCUGGCCACCCCCCUCUAGAGGUCAUGUUCUUGUCUCCAGCUAUAUCAACUGCUUCAGUUUCUUCCAAGUUUACUUGGUUGUGGAUCGCUUCUCGUUGAACUUGUUGGUUUUGUGUGUGGCUGAGCUCUUCACCUAUAAUUCUGAAAUUUCCCAAUGGAUAAUAGCUUGGUUUCUCAAGUUGGGGCAUUCUGCCAGUGCUAUCAUGUUGAAGCAAGCAUUCUCUCAGUCACUGGAAUUAUGGCAUAUUACUGUUCUUGGUAGUACUUUGAAGACAAGUACAAUUACUCGUCCUCUAGUCUUGCUUCAUUGGGAUCCAGGUGUGGGCUUCAUAAAUGACAGUUGGCUAUGCUGGAAAUGUUUCUCCUUGAAAGACAAUUUCAGCUGGCCUCAGUUUGUUACAAGAAAUUUGUUUGUAACCUCACAAUGGAACCAUGGUCUGCUCAGCUUGAUCACUCUUGCAGGGUGGGAGUUCACAAGUAGAUACAUGUCGAUUACCUACAGUAAGCUUGUUCAGGUUACUGGUCAUCUCUCUUCACCUUAUAAUCCACCUGCCACAACUGAUUGUAUAUGGACCAACGACAGGGGGAAAAUAGAAUGGAGUCUUGGUAUUUUCUUGGACUUAAGAAAUUGCAGAGAGCUGGAGCACUGGACACGAGAGUCUGAACUGAAUUUGAGUGAAAUACCAGUUUCAGAGACUAGAACAAGUGGGGCACCAAACAUUAAAAUGGAUAUUGUGUGCCGACUUAUUCAUCAAUGGAAAGAAUAUUUUCUUGAUGGGAGGAUUGCGACGUUGCCCAUGAUAAAAAUUGGAGAAGCUAUCACAUAUGUGAGGGUUGAGAGCGACAACCGUGCAUGGCUGCUUUGUCCAGAGCAGUUCUAUACUAGCCUUGAUGGAAUUCUGCCGUUCAUAUGCGACUUGGGUAACUCCAUGUUCUUAUGUGGCUGAGGGCUACCGGUGCAGAGAUGCAGGCUUUUCUCUUGGUGUCUAUAUAUCACCUUUGCAGGUACAGCAAGUUGAUUGUGUUGCCUUGCUCAAUCCUAAGGGGGCAGUGGAUCAGUCGUGGGUUUUCUAUUCUAAGACCUGGCGGCGAGACAAUCCUGACAGCUUGGAUCAAUGGUCUACAAUUAGUCAACCAAGUGCUCUGUGUUUGACUCUAGUUCCUGGUGUGCUCAUUUUACAAAACCAGCAACUGACUUGGGAUCCAGGUGAGAAGAUACUUGAUUCGGUUCAGCUUGCAGUACAAGUGCCUUGGGAUCCCGGUGGUUCGACAGCGAAUCGGCUUGAGGGCAAGCCGAAACUUAUGGAGGGGGAUUGUCAGCGACCAUACUAUGGGCCAGCCCUAUUCGCCUCGAUCUGGGCCAGAAGAUGGAUGGGCUCCAACUACAAAGGGCACAGGGGUGCCCACGAAAGAGGCGGCUUGGACGGAAGGCUUCGGCCUGGCUGGCGACCUCCCUCUCUGUAGCGUGUUCUUCCUCCUCUGUCUCCUCCUUCCUCUGCUUCCUCCUCCUGUAAUUCUCGAUUUGUAGCCAAACCAUGGUGAUUGAGUGAAACUAGUAGCUGGAUCCUAACAAACUCCUUGAGACGUGAGGCUGCAGUUCAGUUCCUAUUGAAGAGAAGGUCAUGAUCCUAUUCAUCCUCUCUCGGAUCCACUUCUUCCAACCAUUCAAUCUCUUCUGCAUCAGUUCUGACCACGCUGCAGUCCGAAUCAUCCUUUUCUUGGCCAAUCAACUAAUAAUAUAUCUCAAGGUUAUCGAUGCAGUAGUCAUGGAGGUGGGGGUGUGGUGCACACAUCUGCAGAAGACAACAAAAUUGAUCUUAUAGAUACAUGGAUUCCUCUUUCAGCUACUCAAGUGUACAGAGGAGGAGGAAAAAAAAUAGUGGCUGCCAAAAUUCCUGGAGAAAACGGCUGCUCACAUGGUCAUAGCCCAGGAGAUCAGGCAGGCGCUUAUGCAGUUCACAGUCAAUGGAUUCCAUUAUGCAUACUCUUAGGCCUUCCACUAUGUAGGCCAAAAGUGAUGCCAUAUUCACUUUUGAUUCAUUUGGCACCGGUGCCCUUCAUUGCCCAGCUGGUGCCUUAAGAAAAAAUAUGGGAACCAGAGCAAGUAGCUGCUCCGAUGCCAAAUUCAGUGAGGCAAUAAAAAAUCCAUAUCUUGCAUGCAGAAUAGAUGGAAUGGGUUCCGUGUGAGAGGAAGACUAGUACUUCGAUCAAUUAUUCUGCUAGAUGUGGGCCAGUCUUUCACCGGUGCCACAUUGUCUACGUUGUGAGAGGGGUACCAAAAGCUUUUCAUCUGACAUCGAUGUAUAUGUGGCACACUUGUCAGAAUUUUGGCACCAGAUACAUAGUGGAGGGCCUUAGCAGUGAUAGUAUAGCCAAGUUCAAAACAAGUGGAGUAACAAUUCAUCGUCAAUAACGAUUCUCGCUUCCAGUUAAAGUUAUUUGUCAAUUAAUUUUUUUAGUGAGCCCAAGGUGAUCAUUUAUGUACUUUAAUUCUCCAAGUUACACACUUUGAAGCUGCAUUGAGGACAAUAAUUGUUUUUUUGUCAAUAAUCGCCUGCUAUCUGACGCCCAUACUGUCUGCGUCAUCCUUUUCUAGCACAAUUAACUAACAAUUUAUCUCAAGGUUGUUGAUGAAGUGCAAGUGGAGGUGCAGGUAUUGCGACGUCAGUUUGAAGCUGAUCAGGCAGUUCUACAGCUUUAGUAGUCAGCUUGACAGCCAGGAGAUUAGUACAUAUCAUGUUGUACGUACCUAUUCCCUCCGUCCCAAAAUAAGUGUUUUAACCUUAGUACAACUUUGCAAUGUCUGCCUGUGCGUACUCAACCCAGAAAUUAGCACCGUUAGGCUGGACUGAGAAAAACCAAAGGAAUCUAAUCCAUGCUAUUUCGAUUCAUGUGUUUCAAGUUGAGACGAUGCUCUUUUUCUUUAUCAGAAUUGACAGCUUUUCCGAUGAUAUUUUCGCAAAAGCAAGGGAUAAAUAGAAGCUCCACAUGGAAGAAUAAAAGUAAUCAUCUCUAGCGUUGAUUGUGUCUACAUAUUGUUUGCAUGCCCUUUGUUGCAGUAAUUAAUAAGAGGAUACAAAGAGACAAUGCAAGACUUAUCAUGAUCCCUACAAUUUUUAACUUCAUCAAAUUGGAAGAUUCCAGAAUAAGUAAACACAACUUUCAAUUGUCUCGACAACAUACUCGGGUCGGAAUAAAGAUAAAAAUCAAUUCAUUAGAAAUGAGGCAAAUAAAAUAGUUUAAAGACGACUCAAUUUUUGUUUUUUGAAAUUUUUUGCCUUCAAAGUUUUGUUAGCAAAAAUUAGUCGACUUUAAUCAUGAGUAUUAUAGUUGGAUAUUUUUGUCUUGGGAUAUUGAGUGCUCAGUGUGCCAUGGUGAUAUCUUCAAUUUUGACAGAGAAAACAAUAAUACGUUAAGCAUUGAACAGUGCAUAUACACAUGAGGUCAACAAUAUUAAAAGUCGAUAGCGGAUGCAACACAAAUUACUGCCAUACAUAACAGGGCAAUCAAUUUCUAGGUAUCCUUUGCUUCUGGUUACGUACUUACUCUCUUUCACCAAGUUUUUUUCUGGUGAUUUAUUUUCCAGUUGAUUUCCUACUAGGAUCUUCUUCAGGCUGCCUCAAGGUUGCCGGCGGCCGGCGCCACUGUCCAAAAAAUCUCUAGGUAUACUUGCGUGCCAUCCUAUUAGUCGAAGCAACUUUAUUGUUUUUUGCUACUUUGUGAUAAUCCAGGAGUACUUUAUCUUUCCAAUUAGUUUGUGUUCUCUGUAGCUAUUCUGAACAUAUUGGCAUGUAGAAGCUUUAAAAAAAAUUGUUUCUCAUGAGAUGCUGACCUGAGGUUCCUUUUGUUAGGACAUGUAUGGGGUGUGCCUUAUUUUCGGAUAAUUAUUACAUGAGAUAUGCAACUGUUGUUGUCUUAGAGUA